AUGAGCAGCAUCAUCUUCGCACCUCGCCCAAAUGGCUUCACUUUCACCAAUCUACUUGCCCCCGAAAUCAUCUGUAUCGUCCCAUCGGCUUUUCUGCUAAUCGCAGCACCAUGUCGUUUCGCUCAACUUCACUCCAAGUCAGCUAUUACGCGCUCAGGAUGGCUACUUUACAGCAAAGUGACCUUUUCCACGAUCCUCUUCAUUCUGCAGUCUGUGCUACUAGCCCUAUUGCUUUCUGAUGACAGCCCGACAACCUUACACACUGUAGGCACGUCGCUGAGUCUCAUAGCAGCUUCUUCAGUCGCAAUCCUAUCCUACCUAGAGCACCGAAGAGCGAUUCAGCCGUCCGCGGUCCUCGCUGGAUACCUUUGGCUUGCAACAUUACUUGGACUUCCACAGACGAUAUCGUCCUAUGAGAGACCACUCUCUGGCAAUCGACUGCACUUUUCGGUACUGUUAGCAGUUGAAGUCACCAGAGCUAUUCUCAUAGUACUUGAAGAAUGGCCAAAACGCAACUGCUUGCCUGGCAGUAUUGAGGACCGGUCGGCGGAAGAAACGAGCGGUCCUCUUUGUCGUCUUACAUUCUGGUGGCUAAACAGUCUCUUCUUAAAGGGCUACAAGUCCCAGCUGAGAGUCAAGGACCUGGGGAAAAUUGAUAGUGUCUUUUCAUCCCAAGACCUGCUUUGCAGGAUGCAGGAGGCGCUCAACAAGGCUAAUCCAAGCUCAAAGUAUUACUUGGUCAGGGCAACUUGGUCUGCGCUCAAGUGGUCGUUCUUGAUGCCUGUUGUUCCAAGGCUGCUUCAAGCUGUGUUUAGGUUUGGGCAGCCUAUUUUGAUUAACCGGGUGAUCAAGUUCCUAGGUGAACCUCGAACUGCAGAUUCUGCUAGCGUUGCAAACAAUCUUGUUUUGGCAACCGCGAUUGUGUACAUUGGGCUAGCUAUUUGUGGCCCAUUGUACUCUCAUGUCCUGAAUCGCUUCGUGACCAAGUUACGAGGCAGUCUUUCGUCGCUCAUUUUUGCCAAAAUCGCCCAGUUAAACACCAUUACGUCCACUGACCACGCGGCCUUGACUCUCAUGAGUACAGACAUUGACGGCAUUAGAGGCGGUGUUGAGGAUUUUCACGAACUCUGGGCCAGUAUCAUUGAGCUAUGUGCAGCCAUGUAUCUCUUGCAUCGCGAAAUUGGUGCCGCAUUCUUCUUGGCUGCCGUACCAGCUUUGAUUUGUAUUCCACUCACAUCCAAAAUUGCAGACGGCAUACUCCCCGCCAGAAUGGCCUGGAUGGAGGGUGUACAAAAGAGAGUGGGAGAGACAUCUUUGAUGCUGUCACAGAUUAAGAGUCUCAAAAUGAUGGGCUUGACUGACUAUAUGGGUGGCUACCUUCGCCAGUUACGAAUCCACGAGUUGGACUUGUCGAAGAGAUUCAGGAACUUUAUUGUGCUGAUAUUAGCCAUCGCCAAUGUUUCCGACCAAGCAACUCCGGCGAUUGUCAUCACAGCAGCAAUUUUCUGGACAAGGUCUGGCCCGGCAGGGUUCACUGUCUCGCAGGCAUUCACGUCACUGUCCAUUCUGAGUCUGAUAUCCACGCCUAUUGCAGAGUUGACGUCCGUGUACCCCCAGUUUGUGGCUAGCUUGGGGUGCUUCGAGCGUAUUCAAACAUUCCUGCUAUCAGACGAACGAAAAGAUGGGAGAAUUAUGAGCAAGACUGCUUCGAACGGUCACUCUAAUGACUCAAGAACUUUUUCUACAAACCUCGAAUCAGGAUCUGGGAGCCACAACACUCUCACGUUAAGAAACGUCACGGCCACAUUGCCAGGCAAGGCAAAGCCAGUUCUUCAAAAUAUCACUCUAGAUAUCAAGGUAUCUAGCUUCACGAUUGUAGUUGGGCCUGUUGGCUGUGGCAAAUCCGUCUUUCUAAAGACAUUGCUAGGCGAAGUUCCCAUCGCAGAUGGAGCCUUGUUCCUCAAUAACUCGCACUCAUCCGUGGCUUUCUGCGAUCAAACACCCUGGCUACGCAAUGUGUCUGUCCAAGAAAACGUGCUAACUGGGAGUCCGUAUGAACACGAAUGGUACCAAACGGUUAUUCGUGCAAGCGCCCUAGAUCGAGAUAUUGACACCUUUCCAAACCGUGAUCAUACUAUCGUGGGAAGCGGUGGUAUUGCACUUAGCGGUGGACAGAAGCAGCGACUGGCGCUUGCACGAGCAAUCUAUUCUCGAAACAAGAUAAUUCUGCUAGAUGAUGUUUUCAGUGCUUUAGACACGACCACCUCGUCACUGAUAUUUAACAAUUUGCUGAAACCAAAUGGUCUUCUGAGAUCAUCUAACAGCACUGUUGUGUUGACCACCCACGCUGUUCACUACCUGCCUUUCGCGGACAAUAUCAUUGUCCUCAACGAAGACGGGAACAUUCAACAAUGCGGCACCUUUGCAGACCUCCAAUCCCAAGAUGGCUACGUCAAAGCCCUGGCCAUCGAACAUCGUGACGACAAGACCGACCACCUCUCAGGAGAAGAUCGAAAGCUAGAAGAAGAGCAGUCAUCCCCGCCAACAGGUCCAAGAGACGACCCUACAGAAAGGCAAUUCGCAGAUUGGCCCCUCUACAAAUUCUACUUCAACUCCGUCCCUACGCCCAUGAUUCUCGUCUUCGUCUGCCUCGCAACAGGGUACAUCGUCAUCGGCCGCAUGCCCCCCGUAUGGAUCAAAUUCUGGACAGACCACGGCACCGACAAGGACACAGGCGCAUAUUUCGGCGUAUACAUGGCACUCUGUAUCACUACAAUUAUCCUGUCCGCCUGUUCGCCAUGGUGGUUCAUGACCGUCCUCAUCCCCCGCUCAGCAAUCCAUCUCCACCAACAACUUCUAGAUGCCUACCUCCAAGCACCGCUCUAUUUUCUAACGAAUACCGACAAUGGCGUUAUUCUAAAUCGUUUCAGUCAGGAUAUGACGCUUGUAGACCAACAAAUGCCAAUGGCAUUCUUCGAAACCACCCUCAACGUCGCGGUCUUCAUCGUAUCAGCAGGCAUUGUAGCUUCUGGGACAAAGUAUCUCAGCAUCGUCAUGCCCAUUUCUGUUGUGAUAGUAUAUGCCUUUCAGAGGUUUUAUAUCCGUACAUCACAGCAGAUGCGGCAUCUGGAGCUGGAGUCCAAAUCUCCGCUGUAUACGCACUUCACGGAAACGCUGAAUGGUGUGAUGACAAUUCGGGCUUUUGGGUGGGAGGGGCAUUUCCUCAGUGAGAAUCUGGGACUUUUGGACUUUUCUCAGAGGCCGUAUUAUAUUUUGCUUUGUAUUCAGCAGUGGUUGAGUCUUUCUAUGGGGCUGUUUGUGGCAGCAAUCUCUGUGAUAUUGGUUGGUUUGGCGGUUCAUUUCAAGGAUACAACUACCGGGAGCAGUAUUGGCUUGUCAAUGGUCACCCUAAUGGGUUUCAACGGCGGUCUCUCAUUCCUCGUCAAGUCAUGGUCCAAUAUGGAGACGUCACUAGGAGCAGCAGCCCGAGUGAGAGACUUCGUUCAAAACACGCCGUCAGAAAACAAACCCUCAGAGCAGCUAAAGCUGCCAAAGGAGUGGCCUUCCAAGGGCGCGAUCGAUGUGGUUGGUGUUACUGCCACAUAUAAACCCCCUAGCGAUCCUGUUCUUCGCAACAUAUCGAUCAGUAUAAAGCCUGGUCAGAAAGUCGGUAUCUGCGGCCGGACUGGAAGUGGCAAGAGUUCACUUAUCCUCACCUUACUCCGGCUCCUUGAGACGACUUCUGGGUCCAUCCAGAUCGACGGCAUCGACUUGGCGACAGCUCUACGACAGAGCAUCAGAUCAAAUCUAACUGUACUGCCACAGGAUCCUGUAAAGCUUCCCGGGACGGUGCGCGAUAAUCUCGACCCUGAUCGCCUUGCCCUCGGACUAUGUGACGCGUCCCCAGACGACUACCGUGAUGAACAGUUGAAAGAUGCGUUGGCAAAGGUAGGAAUUUGGAACAAUGUCUUGGACAGAGGUGGUCUUGAAGCCGCAUUUGAAGACUUGGGACUCUCACACGGCCAGCAUCAAUUAUUCGCACUUGCUCGGACGAUCCUACGAAACAACAAAGUCGUCUUGUUAGACGAAGCGACGAGCAGCGUCGACGGAAAGACAGAUGAGGAGAUACAGCAAGUUCUGAAGAGUGUAUUUCAGGAUUGCACAGUUGUGGCCGUUGCGCAUAGAUUAGAGAGCAUUGUCAAUGCCGACGUGGUGAUUGUCAUGGGCAACGGGGAGGUCAUGGAAGUUGGAAAUCCACAAGAGUUGAAGGAAACCGAGGGAUCUGUGUUCAAGAGCCUCUGGGAGUCAAGACAUGGCUGA